UAAUAUUUUCGGCCCAAAGAUUGAUCCAGCUCCACCUCAGGGGUCCGGUACAGCGUAGAGAGGCGGUGAAAAGGAAGGGAGCCAGCAAAUUAACGAGGCAAUUUCAGAAAUCGAUACCUGAGGACGAGGAGACGGGACGAUUGCUUCACGUGAUAACGGGAAGUUGAUACAAGAAGACAUGGAUGAACAACAAAGGUUAGGUAUUUUGGGCAUUAGAGGGAAUAACUAUGUGGCCAACGAUAUAAACAAAAUUCUGAGGGGGUUUGAGUCGAUGUCAAACAAACUCGAAGAUCUGAGCAGUCGUGUACAACGUAUGGAGGAGGAGUUGCAGAAAAUUCAAAAAAAUCAACCUGAGUUUCCUCUUUUCUCAGCUGAGGAAUCCAAAGAGAUACCUUUUGACCAAAACUUAGGUCUACCUGAGAUGCCUUUUGACAAAAACUUAGGUCUACCUGAGAUACCUUUUGACCAAAAUUUAGGUCUACCUGACUUCCCUGAGAAUUUUAAAGAUCUUAAAGUCUUUCGGGAGUGGAAGAAGUGUGUAGAUUCAUGUUUUAAGUAUCAUAAAAUCCCUCGCGAAAGGCAAGGACAACUUGUAGCCGAGACAUUCCCAAAGAAUUUCCCAUGGUGGGAACAAAUCCAAAAGCUAAGCCGGCGAAUCGAUAACAAUGAUAAGGUUACGUGGAAAGAGAUUAAGAAGAUGUUUAUCGUUCAAUUUUUUUCUUCAGAUUGUUUGCUUUCCAACAAGGACCGAUCGUCUCCUCCUCCUAAGAAUAUAGACUAACCAUAUUAUACUUUUGAUUCGGUUACAACUAGUUAGCAUUCAAAACUACUCAACAAUGUAAGGGGCGUUUGGUUCAAACUUUCUAUUUGACUGUUUUGGAAUUUAGCAAAUGAAAUGGAGUUGCAUGUAUUUGGAAUUUAAGGAAAUUAAAA